CUUGGAUAUCGUUGCCUACAGUCCGGUUCACAUCUCUAAUCUGCCAAAAUGGACUACUCUGGGAAAGAAAAGGAAGCCAUGGCCAUUAUGGCCGAGGCGGACAAGAAGAUGAAAACGUCGCAUUCGUUAUUCGGGACGUUUUUUGGGAGUUCUUCCAGGGUUGAGGAGGCCUGCGACAUGUAUGUGAGAGCUGCCAAUAUGUUCAAGAUGGCAAAGAACUGGAAUGCUGCAGGAGAUGCUUUCUGCAAAGCUGCUCUUCUGCAUUUAAAAGUGGACAGCAAGCACAAUGCAGCUAUGAACUUCCUUGAUGCUGGCAAUGCAUUUAAAAAGGCUGAUCCUCAAGAGGCGAUAGGCUGUUUCUCUCGGGCUAUUGACAUCUACACAGAUAUGGGGCGCUUCAAUAUUGCUGCAAAACACCACAUAUCUGUUGCAGAAAUCUAUGAAUCGGAGUUACUGGACAUAGACAAAGCUAUUGCUCAUUAUGAGCAGGCGGCAGAUUAUUACAAAGGGGAGGAGUCCACCAGUGCAGCUAACAAGUGUCUUCUUAAGGUAGCGAACUAUGCGGCUCAGUUGGAGCAGUACCAGAAAGCCAUUGAAAUUUUUGAGCAGAUUGGUACUUACUCUAUGGACACUACACUGUUGAAGUAUGGUGCCAAAGACCAUUUCUUCAAAGCUGCACUGUGUCACUUCUGUGUGGACAUGCUCAACUGCAAGCUGGCUGUGCAGAAAUAUGAAGACAUGUUUCCAGCCUUCUCUGAUGCCAGAGAGUGCAAACUUCUUAAGAAACUUCUUGAUGCACAUGAUGAGCAGAAUAUUGAUGCAUACGCUGAUGCAGUAAGGGAAUUUGACUCCAUCACAAGGCUUGAUCAGUGGCAGACCACCAUGUUGCUAAGAAUCAAGAAGACCAUUCAGGAUGAAGAGAGUGACCUUCGCUGAAUGAAGUCGUAAAAAUCCAUUCUCACACCCAUAUCAUUCCUUUCUUAUUAUAUAUAUAUAUAUUAAUUUAUUUAUUUACAUAUGGGUAAAUGAAGGUCAAAACCCCUUUACUGCUGAAUCCUAACAAAUCCUACUGUCUUAAAACUAAAAGUAAUUCAACUUUUA